AUGUCCAGCCCGUACAGGUCAAUGAAAAAGCAAGCCACCCAGCGAUGGAGGAGCACUAACCGUGUUACUCGUCGUCGCUGGAUCGUUUUUGGUGUCGCUUUCGUCGUAGCCCUCGUCUUCUACUCCUUUUCACGGCACGGAAAGCAACGUCUUCACUCCAUCAAGAGAAUCGUCAACGGCCCCUCCAAGGAUGAUACCGACUUGCCUCCUACUUGGGAGAAGCUAUGGCAGUGGGAGAAGGACCUGCCUCAACACAACCUCGACCUUCCCUUCCCUGAGGGUAGGACAGGCAGGUACCUCCACUUCGCCAACCAAAUUCAAAUGCUUGGAUGGAACAACCAGCUGAAUGAAGUGCUCAUGAACGCCCUGCUUGCCUACAAGUCCAAGCGUGCCUACGUGUUCCAGCCCUACGUCUGGAAGGGCGACUACUACCCAUGGCCAGAGAGCAAGACCCCUCAUUGGCCUCCACGCACCCCUGCCAACGCGCUCAUGAGCGGACCCGCCGUCGGUGGACCCUGGGACCCUGAAGAUGAUGCCCCCCGCUCGGUCUCUGAGGAUUGGUGGCACAUUGUCUGCCCUCAACACGAACGCCGCAUCAUCAACACUGGCGACGUGAAGCCCGAUAUCAUGUGGGAGGACGGAAUGACUAUCUUCACUCACUGGGAGAAGCUCCUGCGCGACGCACCCGAACGUUGUAUCGAAAUUCGCCCCGCUCUCCGCUCCGUCGACAACUUCCCCCAGGUGUUCGAUUUGUUCCUGUGGGGAUCCGACCGUAUUUUGAACCUCUGGGACAUGUUCAGCACGUCACCUGUGAGCCGCCUCUUUGACACUUCUCCCGUCGUUCGCUCCGCCGUCGACAGGAACGAGUACUUGUUCUUGCCCAAAGGUCCUCGGCCAUCUUUGCCCGCGUCGAGAAACCCUUACGAUCGCAUGCUCGCUAUCCAUCUUCGACGAGGUGACUACAAGCAAGCGUGCUUGGGACUGGCUCAAUGGAACUCAACUUUCUACAGCUGGAAUUUGACCCCUGAGUUGCCCGACAAGUUCAUCAACCCCGAAGGUUACACAUACGGCAAGAACACUCCCGAGAACGUCGAAUACUACCUCAAGCACUGCUAUCCCACAGACGAAUUCAUCAUGAACAAAAUUCAGACUGCACGAGCUGAGUACUAUCGCGAUGCUAAGCCUGGCGAGGUCAGGCACCUCGACGUGCUGUUCCUCUUGACAAACGACAAAACCGGCUGGGUCGACGGCCUCAAAGAAAAGUUCAGCAAGGACGGAUGGAACACUAUUGUUUCAACCUGGGACUUGCAAUUGGACGCAGAGCAAAAGGAUGUUGGAAUGGCUGUGGAUAUGGAUAUUGCGCGCAAGGCCGCUGUCUUCAUCGGUAAUGGAUGGUCUUCGUUCACCAGUAAUAUCGUACACAGGCGCUUGAUGGACAAGAAACCUUAUAUCAGUACUCGCUUCUACUAA